AACAUAAUGGAUGAGGCGAAAUAUAAGUUCUGUGAUAAUUCGUAAAAUAAAUAUCAAAGCUGUACAAGAAAGUUUGUGAGAGAGUGUCCCUUCUAUGCCACUUCAGAAAUUAGCCUACCGAGACAGGAGGCUGAUAAAAGGAGCAAAAGAGAAACAGAGGAGGAGCCAGUCUUCGGAGUGAUGUCAUGUUCGCAGAUGUUUUGCUGCCUGAUAAAGAUCUGUUUGUGUGGCCCAGCAGCACGUCUCAGAUGUUGCCACUGAGCCCUCCCUGUGCACGAGUGCAAGUGCUGGAUGUUGCCCCAUCACACUAAUGGCUUCAAGAAGUAAAGCACUGCAAUGUGGACAACAUCAGAUGAGGAAUGCGAACAGAACUGCAAACACAGUCACCUGGAGGAAUGCCAGCUCCUGAGCAGAGCCCAGUGAUGGAGGAGGGGCUUCUGCUGCCAAUCCGAGACAGAGCGGCCAAUCACGGCAUGGAGCCCGACACCACUGCCACCAACAUCCUGGCCUCUGUGAAAGAGCAGGAGCUCCAGUUUGAGCGGCUGACCAGAGAGCUGGAGGUGGAGCGGCAGAUUGUGGCCAAUCAGCUGGAACGAUGCAGACUGGGGGCUGAGUCACCGGGUGCUGCUAGCGGCAGCUCCUCUGAGAAGUCCCUACCCUGGCGAUCAGCAGAUGCUUCCACGUCUGGUGAUGGCAAGUCGCGGUUGACGGACAGCUCGCAGUCGCCCUCCUUCCGGAUCCGCAGCGAAGGGGAGCAGCUUUCGCUCUACUCCCCGGAGCAGACCUCUCUCCAUGAACGUGAGGGGAACUCGCGCAGCUCCACGCAGAUGAACUCAUACUCGGACAGCGGCUACCAGGAUGCCAGCAGCUACUACAGCAGCCAGAACCUGGGCAAGUCGGAGCUGAGGCUGCAGCACUCGUACCCGGGCACCGCCGGUAGCUCCACGCUCAUGAGGAAUGCACGCGCCGAAGGACAGACGUCCGUGCAGACGCAGGGAGCAGCGGCUCCAGGCCGGGCCAUGCGGCGGGUCAGCUCGGUCCCCUCCCGCACCCAGUCUCCGGCCUACGCCAGCGGGGGCAGCAGCGGCGUCUCGCCCUCCCGCGGCUCCCUCCGAGCCUCAAUGGGAGCCGGGGGCGGAGGCAGCUCGUACGGCUCCCCCAUCGUGACCGAGCCCCGGCCGCUGCCCAGCAUUUUCUCCAGCACCACCCUGCCCGCGGCUGGCCGCGCCGGAUCCCCUUACUCCAUCCAGCGCACCGGCUCCCCGGCCACCCUCCGCCGCGUGGGCUCCAACAACUCGCGCACGGGCUCGCUGGGGGGUGCCGCCGCCGCCAGCCGCACCACCUCCCCCUACCAGGCGCUGGGGGCUGAGAGCCAGCAGGGGGCAGUCCCGGGCAUGGGGGGGUCCCCCGCCCGCCUCUCGGGCAUGACUGCCAUGCCGCAGCAGCACUACAACACCGCUACCGGCCUGCCCCCGCGCUCCGUGCUGCACGACCCGAGCGACCCGUACGCUGCCACGCAGCCCUACGACAUCUAUGAGCGAAUGGUGGCCCGGCCCGACAGCCUCUCAGCAGGCUUGCGGGGCUCUUACGCCAGUCAGCACAGCCAGAUGGGGCAGGACCUGCGGUCGGCCAUGUCACCCGACCGCCACAUCACGCCCAUCUACGAGGACCGCACCUUCCAGAGCCCGCUGUACCGCAGCCCCAACCACGCUGGCAUGGAGAUGGGCCCCGCCUCACACACCGCCCUCUACAGGACCUCCUCAGGUGUGGGAACCCUGCAGAGGAGCUCCAGCCAGAGGAGCGGCAUGACGUACCAAAGAAGCAACUACGCCCUGAGCUCGGCCGCCACCUACGCAGACCCCUACCGGCCCCCUCAGUACCGGCAGGCUGGAGCGCCCGACGACAACACACGCUCACCCUCCAUCGACAGCAUCCAGAAGGACCCCAGGGAGUUUGCGUGGCGUGACCCCGAGCUGCCGGAGGUGAUCCACAUGCUGCAGCACCAGUUCCCCUCUGUGCAGGCCAACGCCGCCGCCUACCUGCAACACCUGUGCUUUGGAGAUAACCGCAUCAAGUCUGAGGUUUGCCGGCUGGGGGGGAUCAAGCACCUGGUGGAUCUGCUGGACCACAAGGUGCUGGAGGUGCAGCGCAACGCCUGCGGGGCCCUCAGGAACCUGGUCUACGGAAAGGCCACAGACGACAACAAGGUGGCCGUCAGGAACGCCGGUGGCAUCCCAGCCCUGCUCAGGCUGCUGAGGAAGACCGUGGAUGCCGAAGUGAGGGAGGUGGUCACAGGGGUAUUGUGGAACCUGUCCUCCUGUGAUGCUGUGAAGAUGACAAUCAUCCGGGACGCCUUAACCACUCUGACCAACACUGUGAUAAUCCCGCACUCUGGCUGGAGCAGCUCCUCGUUCGAUGACGACCAGAAGCUCAAGUUCCACUCCUCCCUGGUGCUACGCAACUCCACCGGCUGCCUGAGGAACCUGAGCUCGGCUGGGGAGGAGGCCAGAAAGCAGAUGCGCUCCUGUGAGGGGCUCGUUGACUCCCUGCUCUACAUCAUCAAGGCCUGUGUCAGCACCUCCGACUUCGACAGCAAGAUUGUGGAGAACUGUAUUUGCACUCUGAGGAACCUCUCGUACCGGCUGGAGCUGGAGAUGCCCCCAUCGCGGUUGCAAGGCACCCAGGAGCUCGAUGGCCUUCUGGGGUCGGAGUCGCCCUGUAAAGAGGCCGACUACGGCUGCUGGGGCCGCAAGAAGAAAAAGAAGAAGAAAGACUCCCAGGAAGACCAGUGGGACGGUGUUGGCCCCAUCCCUGGCUUCUCCAAGUCUCCCAAAGGGGCUGAGAUGCUGUGGCACCCGGCGGUGGUGAAGCCCUACCUCACCUUGCUGGCGGAGAGCUCCAACCCUGCCACCCUGGAGGGCGCCGCCGGGUCACUACAGAACCUGUCAGCGGGCAACUGGAAGUUUGCGUCGUACAUCCGGGGGGCGGUACGUAAGGAGAAGGGCCUGCCCAUCCUGGUGGAGCUGCUGCGGAUGGACAAUGACCGGGUGGUGUGCUCCGUGGCCACUGCUCUGAGGAACAUGGCCCUGGAUGUCCGGAACAAGGAGCUGAUAGGGAAGUAUGCCAUGAGGGACCUGGUCAACCGGCUCCCUGGGGGCAACACCACCCAGCUGUCGGACGAGACGGUGGCGGCCAUUUGCUGCACCCUCCACGAGGUCACCAGCAAGAACAUGGAGAACGCCAAGGCCCUGGCGGACACGGGGGGCAUCGAGAAGCUGGUGAACAUCACCAAAGGCCGGGGAGAGAGGUUCUCAAUAAAGGUGGUGAAGGCAUCUGCCCAGGUGCUGAACACCCUCUGGCAGUACAGAGACCUGCGCACCAUCUAUAAGAAGGAUGGAUGGAACCAGAAUCACUUUGUCACCCCUGUCACGACGUUGGAGCGCGACCGGUUCAAGUCUCAGCCCGUUUUACCAACCACCAACCUGCAGAUGUCCCCACUCCACCAGUCUGCGGGUAGUGCCACUUCCUCUCCUGCCAUACUGGGCAUCAAAGAGCAGCGCUCCGACUACCAGAGGGCCCCUUCAACUAUGCAAUUUUAUAACUACCAAGGCGACAACAAUGUACAUAAAAACCAACACACAGGGUCUGCGAAAUCAUCGCCGUAUUAUAUCGGGUCCUACUCUUCGCCAACACGAGAGGAGCCCAGGAGAACACAGCCACAGGUGUACUAUGGCGAUGAGCCUGGCAGGAGGAACUAUGAUACCUACCGAAUGUACCUGCAAUCGCCGCACGGCUACGAGGAGCGCUACCUGGAGGAGAGUGCCGUACGCUACUCCGCGGCGGACUACACUCCCCAGCCACUCGGGCUCAAAGCCACCACCAACUACGUGGACUUCUAUUCCACCACACGGAGGCCUUCUUACCGGGCAGAGCAGUACCCCGGCUCCCCCGACUCCUGGGUAUAGACCGGAGAGGGAGAUGCAGAAAGAAAAAGAGAUUAUCGUUGAGGCACUGGGCCUUUACCAAGAGGCUCCAUGAACUCUUCCACAUGAACUUUUACUCGUGUGUCAGUCUGUCUGUUGUUAUUUUUUUGUUGUCUCCUUUUUUUUUUUAUAUAAAAAAAGUAAAGAUGAAUGUGGCGGUCGUUCAGAUGAAAUCGGAUUGGGGAAACGGAAAGUGAGCCAAAGAAGGAAUUUAUGGAAUGUUUGUUGUUUUUGAUUAAAAAAAAAAAACAGGGAGAACGAAAAAGGAAGAAUGGAGGGGGAAUCUUGCAGUGAGUGUGUCGGGAACAAAGGGGCUUGGAUGCUGGGCGCCAGUGCGCCACAGGGUCCUCGCACUGUGUUGGUGUCCGUGUUGCUGUUUUUUUCUUUUGAAGACGUAGUUGUGAUAGCAUGGAGAAAGAGUGAGUCAUGUGAUGAGAAAAAAAAGGUUUGCGAUAGAGAAUCAAGUGGGGAAUGUGUACGUAGGCAUAAAUCGAUCACCAUCAUGUAUCUGUUAAAAAAAUAAUAAUAAUAAAAAUAAUAAUAAUCUAAUGUCAUUAGUUUGUACAGAGGGAACAAAUUGUAUUCGUACCUAUUGUUGAGAUUGUGAAUGCCACUGAGUCUUGUACAUUUCCAUCAUUUUAUUG